AUGGCUCACGUUUAUUAUCGUCAUUAUUUUGCCAACAAGAUUAUUUACGAUGUUAAGCGGGACAUUGUUCACAAGAUUUUACAAAUUCAAGGGAAUUACGAGGAAAAAGAGGCUCUUAAUGUUCUUACUUAUGAUCUGCGUAAUUUCGCGGAUAUGGUAGUAUUUGUUCCUAACCAGAUUUUUCUUCUAAUUCUCAGCGCUAUUUAUACUUUUAUCGGCCUUAACAAGGCUCGGGAUAAUGAUUUAUUAUUUCAAAAACAGUUAGAAAAACAAACCAAAAAGGAAAAUGCUUUAAUUAAUAAUCGUAAUCUCAUAAUUAAAAAAGGCUUAUUUUUUACUUUUCGAAAAGAAUAUCAACCAAUUGUAGCGAAAACGAGAAAACGUUUGAAUGAAUUCCUGGCUCGAGAAGAGCGGAACGAUAUUCAAAACAAUUUGAUUAUCAAAGAACCAAUUACGGUUAUUUCUUUUCAAGAAGGGCAACUUAACUAUUUAACGGGUGCUAACGGGUUCG